CCAGUGUCUUGCCUUCCAGUAGCUCUUUGAGGCAGGUACCACUAUCUCCAUUUUACAAACAAGGAAGCUGAGGUUCAGAGAGGAUGAGAAACCUGGCACUUAGUGAUACCUUGAGUUGUGCUUGCAAACCAUACCACCUCUGAGGCUCUUAUAAGGCUCCUGUGACCUCAUAAGUUGAAUAAGCACUGGCUUUCAGGAAAUUAUUUCCUUCUGAUUUGGAAGGUUCUGUGCAAAAAGUUGACUUUAUUUCUUGUUAAAUUCCUAAAUUCCCCAGGAGCUGCCCAGAUUCCUAGAAUCUGUAGUUGAUUCCCUACAUCCAUCAUUGCCUCCUGGACAAUAUGCAUACAAAUCAAUCCAUUGCUGCCUCAUCAAAACACAAGCUCAUCGUCUCUCCCUUCAGAAACCUUCUGUUCAAACUUCUCCGUUCCUCACAAAACUAGUCUUCCCAUCUUCCAGAAAGAAUUAUUUUUACUCUCCUUACAUCUUCUAGUUUCAAUUCCUUACCAUUGUUUCUCCCUUGGAAAGCUUCCUGAAUCCUCUCCUUGCUUCCAGGCUCUUCACCUCCAACGCAGCCUCACAUUGCUUUUUGGCUAAAUUUUCUAGAAGUGGCAUCUCCAGCCCGACUCCACAACUUAAGUUACUUGGUGGCUUCCGGCGACCUAGUGAAACUAUACAACGGCUCCAUCCUGUAUUCAAGGUCCAACCUAAAUUUGGCUUCAGCCUCAUCUUCCUCCACCCCUUCCAAAGAAAUGCUGCUCUGACAGUCCAAGCCCAGAGCCAAUGCCACCUCCUUCUACGCUACCCUUCCCUGAUCCACUACCUGCACGCGGUUUCCCUGCUAAUCUCCUGAAACACUUCGCAACGCUUUUAUUCCUUUCUACCCAGAUAUGGCUAUUUGUGUGCUUUCCUACGCCCCCCCAAACUUCGCUCCUUUUUCCCAAGCCUGGGACCCAAGUGGCGCGCGUCAAUCUAUGUGCAUGGAAUAAACUCAGGGAGUAUGCGGACGUCUUGAACUAAGGACUAAAACUGGCCUAUACGUUUCCUUUCCGGAGACUCGGACCAGCGGCCUCCAACCCCUCCCGCCCAGCCGCUAUCAGGGGCCAGUCGGGACGAAGGCAUUUCCCCAAUGGAAUGAGUCUGCGGGCCAUCCAGGGGCUCGGGAUUCGGGCUCAAGAGCUCGACAAGCGCCCAUCAGGAAGCCCGCAAACAGACAGCGACUCACACCACUGCUCAUCUGGCUGCACCACGGGCAGGAUCCGGAACACCGCUUGGGACGGAACCUUUCCUUCGAAACCAGCCCGGGCACUUUUGAGCGAAGCACGCAGGAACCGGAAGUCGGCGAUGACGAGAGGCCAUCAGAGCCACUUGACUUAAUGGGAGAUGAACGUUCCUAGUUUUCUCGUGGCGGGAGGGAGAUGGAGAUGCUUUCCAAUUCCACUGAGGUCACUGCUGUUUCAGACACUACAUAAUUCCUGCUGUCGGGAAAAAUCCACUGCAACUAAGAAAAUUACUCCCAACAUUGCUUUUUGUGAUGGAAAUACAAAGGAGUGUGGAAAUGCAUUUGACAAACUCUUCUCUUUGGAACAGCAGGCUUCCAUCUUGCAUGUGUUGAAUACAGCAUCUAAUAAAGAACUUGAAGCCUUCAAAUUGCUACGUGGAAGAAAGUCCAUCAAUAUUGUACAGUACAGAGAAAAGUUUGGGCCAUUUCAGAAUUUGGAGAGUUUAAUGAAUGUGCCCUUUUUUCAGUAUAAGACUACCAUUCAAGUUUGUAACUCCAUUCUCUGUCCAGAUACAAGGGGGAAAAAAAGAAAAUCACAGGAAAAUCGGCUCUUGGGAAAGCUCCUCAAACCAGAUAUAGGAAGAGAGAGACUAAAGGCAGUUAAUAGUAUCGUAUCAAUUGUUUUUGGUACUCGAAGAAUUGCCUGGGCUCACCUUGAUCGCAAAUUGACAGUACUGGACUGGCAACAAGAUGAAUGUUGUAGAUUAUUGAAAGGAACAUACCCAUCAUCUGUCUAUUUAGAAGAGAUUUCUUCAGUCAUUUCAAAGAUGCCUAAAGCUGAUUUCUAUAUUCUGGAAAAAACAGGACUUUCAACUCAGAACUCGUCUCUGUUUCCUAUACUGUUGCAUUUUCAUAUCAUAGAAGCCAUGCUGUACGCUUUAUUAAAUAAAACAUUUGCCCAGGAUGGCCAGCAUCAGGUGCUGAGCAUGAACAGAAAUGCAGUAGGGAAGCACUUUGAACUGAUGAUCAGUGACACGCGGACUAGUGGAAAAGAACUAGUGAAGCAGUUUCUCUCAGAGUCUGUACUGAAGGCAGAGCCUAGGGUAUUCUUCCCAUUGGAUAAAGUAGUCCGCUACAGACAGAUGUUUUCAUCUACUGAACAAAACAGAGUAGAAGAGUUAUAUGAUUCAUUAUUACAAGCUAUUGCAUUCUAUGAGUUAGCAGUUUUUGACGCUGAGCCUUAAAAUUCUGAGGUUAAUGCAUCACCAGUUCUAAUGUUAUAUUAAUUUUAUAUUUAUUAGCCCUAAAAUUGUAAAAUCAACUGUUUUUGAACUUCCAUGUUGAUGCAGGAGAAAACACAUUUGAGUGUUGUGAUUUGAAGCUAUAUAUGCCCCAGAAUAACAUGUUCUUAAACCUAAUCCAUUUCUGUGGGUAUGAACCCAUUUUAGGUAGAAUCUUUUUGAUGAGGUUACUUCAGGAAAGGUGUGGCCUGGCCCACCUCAAUCUGAUGGGUCUUAAUCCUAUUACUCGAGUUCCUUAUAAGCAGAAUGAAAUUCAGACAGACAGAAAGCCACAGGAAGCAUGAAGCUGAACAUCAUAACCGGGAAGUGAAGGGAGACCAGGAGAUGCUGUUCCUUGCCAUCUGACAAACUAAGGACCAAAGAUCAUCAGCGGCAAGCCCCAGAACACCACGGUCUUCAGGAAGAAUGCAUCACCUUGAUGAUGCCUUGAUUUGGACUUUUACCUAGCCCAAACCAUAAGUGAAUAAGUUCCCAUUGAUUAACCCAACACAUUUCAUGGUAUUUGCUUGAGCAGCCCAGGAAACUAAUGCAAGUGUAUUUUAGAUGUUCUUAAGUCAGACUUCAGAUGGUUGAAUAGCCAAAGCUGUUGUGAGACGCUGUGCCUUUUAGGUUUAAGUGUAUACAAUAAAUGCCCCCCAAACAAAAAAAUUAUAUCCCCUUAAAAGCAAAUACCAUAUAUACUAAGGAUUUGCAUCGUUAUCAUAUUGUGUAAAUAGGGAGUAAUGAUUUUUCUGGAUGGCACUCCUUGUAGGAAUAAAAGCUAAAGAUAAUUGUUAACACAA